AUGUUUCUGCAAAUAGUUGGCUAUAAUUUGAGGUUUCGAGUGGUUGGGGGGUACUUGUAUAGGUCAACUGAAACCAUACACCGCUAUUUUUCCAUUGUACUUGAUGCCAUAUUGAAACUAUAUCCAGAUUUAAUACAAUUGCCAAAUGGUGUGACUCCACGAGAGAUCCGUAAUAGUCGAAGAUACUACCCCUGGUUUGCUGAUUGUGUAGGGGCUAUAGAUGGGACACAUGUUGUUGCAAGUGUACCCCUUGAAAUUCAAGGAAAAUUUCGAGGUCGAAAGGGUUACCCAACUCAAAAUGUGUUAGCUGCUAUUUCUUUCGACCUCAAGUUUUCAUACGUGCUUGCUGGUUGGGAAGGAUCGGCACACGAUUCUCGUGUUCUUGAAGAUGCUCUUACAAGACCAAGGGGUCUACAAGUACUGCAAGACAAGUACUAUCUUGUAGAUGCUGGAUAUGGCAUUCGCAACGGUUUCAUUCCUCCUUAUUCUGGAGUUCGAUAUCACCUAAAGGAGUAUGAUGACAAUCCCCCUCAAAAUGAAAAAGAGCUUUUCAAUCUUCGUCACUCCUCAUUGCGAACAACCAUCGAACGAGGCUUUGGUGUUUUAAAGAAACGAUUUAAGGUGGUGGAUAAUGAUCCUUUUUGGGAUUUUAAAACCCAAGUAGAUGUGAUUCUGGCAUGUUGUAUCAUACAUAAUCACAUUAUGGGUAUAGCUCCAAAUGACAUGUUCAUGGAAGAGGUCAUUCAAGAGGAACAAUCUGAAACUCCAAAUGUUCUGACUGAACAAGCAUCUUACACACAGCCUUAUCAAACACAAAGUGAGAGACGAGCAGAAAAUAGAGAAUGGGCAAGGAAAAGAGACGCAAUUGCACAUGCUAUGUCUGUAGAUUACAUGCAAAGAAGACAAAGUAGAUAAUCUAGAUGGUGGUUGUAGUUUCUUUUUUAGUUUUGUUUUGUUUUAUGAUAAUGCUGGUUCGUUGGAUGCCAUGUAAGGUUGUCUUUGGCUCUAUAUGAGUGAUUUAUCUAUGUAGAGGUCUCGGCGUUCUGCCUGCAUAUAUAUGAAUAAAUCUGCCUGAUCAUUGAAAGAUUGCAGAAUUU